UACGAGCGGUGUAGAAACCAGGGAACGAGAUAUAGCAUUCCCCCACUUAGCUCACGUACGCACAUGAGUUGGACUGUAGUGUGCUAAAGUGCCGCCAGCCGCCAUUAUGGCGGACGAUAACGAGUGAAUCCGCGGGCUGUAGGCUCGAGUUCUCAUCGGGUCCGGGACGCAGUGACGGACAUUCUAAUAUUUAUCCACAACAGCAAAACGUUGAAAGGUCAACAUUUUUAAUAUUCUAAAAUAACAUUACAAAUGUCGGAGGAGCCGGCAGCGCCUAUGGGCGAGGAUAAUCUCGAGGUGAAGCCGGGCGAGGAGACGAUUUCCCAGGAUCAGGAGGAGGUAUGUAACAAGGGUACAGAAUUGAUGAUGUUUGAGGGUGAAACAAUCGAGGACGAGAAGAUGCCAUCCUACAUGAAUGCCACGAGUAUUUCGAGCUCCACAAAACCGGAUGACUCGAGGAUUGAGAGUGAUGGGCAAACACAACCUCAAUUGGAGGCUCAUGAAGCACCUGCGGAGCGGGAACGCGACGAAGAGAAUUCGGAGGGGGACAGGAGUAACAGCAGUGUUGUGGAAUUGGUGACAUCGGGAGAGGAAAGCGAUCGGGGAUUCGAUGGGGUCGAGGAUGAAGAGGAUUAUACCUCUGAUGAGGAAGAAAGGGAUUACGACGAUGAAGAUGAAGAAGAAGAGGAAGGAGAGUAUAUGAGACGUCAUGAUGAAGAUGAUGAGGACUACAGUGAUGGUGAAAUUGAAGCUGAGCAAUUUGAAAGAUCCUCUGACGACUUUGUCCAGCGCCCAUCGGAAGUACUGGAGAGUCCAGCCAGAGAACGAAGCAGAUCACUGCAAGAUUUAACAAGUCCCAAUCGUCGAACUGGCAAGUUCAAUAGUAAGAGGCACCAGUCUGAGCUGGAUGGCAGAGCAGAGUUCAAUCUUGGUGGUCAGAGGAGAAGUUUUUUAGGGGGUCCUAAAUAUGGACAUGUCUCUAGUAAGGUGAAGCAGUACAUUGACGGUAUGAAAGAACAGAGUCGCUUGUCAAGGCAGAGGAGAACCAGGGAUCCUCUUGAUGUCAAUCGAGAGUUUGCCAAUGCGAUUAAGAGAGACCAAGCUAUGGAGACAGACAUUCGAGUGAACCCUCAAAGUCGUCUCCUUAAAAGCUACAUGGAGAGUAACAUGAAGCACAUGAUAGUAGAGGACCCAACUCGCGCCGAGGACAUGACGGUAAACUGUCACCUGGUUGAGAACGGUGCUGAGAUAAUAUCCGUGGACACAGGUGAGACCUUGAAAAAAUGCUACGACACCGCCAUGGUAAUGGAGGUGGAUAAAGAGAACGAAAUUUGUGAGGACAAACCCCAGCGUCAGAUGGAUAAAAAAACCAACGGUCUGCUGAUUGUUGAUUAUUCAACUACAGUUGAGCCAAGAUCUUCCAUCAAUUCGAAAAACGACCAAGAACUAAACCAUGAGAUUCUCACAAACGGUAAGGACGAGAUGCAGCAAAUAACGAACUGUCAAUCAGUGUCAUACGAGGACUUCCUUAAGGGAACCUUCGAUGGAAACCAAGACCAAAAGACUGAAAAGCAAAAGAGGCCCACCUCAGACCCUCUCGAAUUACCCACAGUAACUCAAGAAAAUUUGUCAACAGCUCCAGGUGCUUUGAAAAUCCAACACGUCGAGACGAUUUCCGAGGAGAUCGUGAUAACUGAGAGACACCGCACAGAGAACCCAGCAGUUUCCCUUUUGAAAGCCCAAUUGAACCAGAAAGUGGUGGAAUGUGAUGGAAUUAAGGAAGAUUACAAGAGAAUAGUAAACAAAAACUUUCAGCUGAAGAACGAUUACAACUUGAUGGCUGACAGAAACCUCCAACUCGAGAAAGAAUUAAGUGAGCUGAAAAAGACUCUAGCCCACUAUCAGAAGGAAAAGCAACAGAAUGAAAAAUCAAAAGAAAUGAAAACAGCUGAAGUACAAACAGAAACUUUGCCAGCAUUAAUUGAUAAGAGCACUGUGAGUUAUCUGAAAGUUCCACAGCAAAAAAUGUUGAGCAGCAGCAUUGCUUCAGGUCCAAGUUCAGUGGAGCAGUGGACAGAUAGCAAUUGCAGUCCUUCAGUCUCCCUCAAACCUCCAAAUGUCGGUAGCAUUCUAAACUCAGACGACAGUUUCUGUCUGGGAACUCCACGAAAAACAAAUCGUCCUCUCUCUCAGGCAUUCUACACGAGCUCAAGAAUCUUGCAGACACUUGCCAACAUAACCCAGGGUAAACCAGACCCAGCAAAUCCAAACACUGGUGUCAGAAGGAAUAAUGGUCCAGGUCAGUCAAAAGAACCAAUAAGUCCCCUGGUAACGAAUGAAUAUCGCUCAAGGAAGCGUAAAGCUAGUGAUAAUUAUGGAACGUCUGCUGUUGGCCCACAGCCGUUCAAAAUGCCCUUUCUGAGUAACAAAUUACGGAGGGAAUUGAAUUCAGAUUAUGAAACAGAUGCAGGAGAUAAAACAACGAUGGACUCGCAUACUAGUCAGAAAAAUGAUGGAAAUAAACGUGAUGAGGAUAAUAAUGUUGAGGAGAUUGAUGUUAAUGAUGGAAUUAAGUGUUAUGUUUAUAAAGAGGAUAAUGACAGUAAGGAAAGGAGCUUUUUACUACAGGCUGAGGAAACUAAUAAAGUUGAUAAUAAUGGUGUUGCCAGGGAGUGUGGACCAUUUUUGUUGGCUAAUCUUGAAGUUAGAAUGUCGGAGGCUAAUGGAACACUCAAUAUUUGGGGAAGAGAGAUAAAUCAAGAAUCCACGUCUGACGAUAUUGAGGAAGAUUUGGAAGAAGAUCCUCCCGAGAAUAGUGCAUUCUGGACAAAAACUCCAGCGGACAAAUUGAGAACAAUUCCGUUUGUCUGUUCCACGAAUAAAAAACAAAAAGCAGUGACGCCAACAUCAGGAAUUCGAGCGAGGGUACCGAGAAAAUUGCGCACAGUAUUGAGUCGUGUUGCAGGGCCGCUUGAUGAUCAGGUGGACAGGCCAUUUGGCAGCAUGCCAAAUUUGGACAGUCGUGGGGCUCAAAAUUGUCUCGGUUGUAAUCAGAAACAAAGAGGCCAUUCACCAGUUCAAAUGAGGCCCAGAAAUCCUCCCUGCUGUGUUCAUAAUCACGAAGUAAAUGAUUACGAGUGUGAGACUGUUCAGAAUUCUUGUGGAGCAGUACACAAUAUGGGUUGCCGGGGGAUAUCUGUUUCCAAUCCUGCAAAUCUUCAUGUUAAACAUUCGUGCAUGAAUUAUGUACAAAAUGAGGUCUGCAAGCAUCAGAUGUCCUCUCAUCCAAUGGCUGGGGACACUGAGAAUGUUUGUUGUCAUCUACCAAAACGCUGCCACUCCGCUGACAUUCCAUGCAAUUCGAGAGUUGAUAAUAAUUGUUCACAUGGGAGAGUUCAUAGUGAUGGACAACCGGUAUUUGUUGGGGAUACUGUCCCACUUGUGCAGUCAGAGGCUUCCGAAGUGUCCGAUAAUUCAAGACGUCGUCUCUCAGGUAAAAGAGUACGUGGAUUUCUUCGGGAUUUUUUAAAAAGCUGUGGUGAUUGUCGUCAUCCCCACACAAGUUUAGAUGCAAGUCAUCUCCAAGCGUCUGAGACAGUAAUACCAGACAUUCGAGUUACAGCAGCUCCCGACAUUGGCUUACAAAAUCAGCCACAUUCCUUUAAUAACGAUAGGGCCCCGAAUUCGAUGGCCGAUUUUCAAUUGCAAUUUGAACAGCUGAUAGCCGACGUGGAGAAGAUAAAUACGAGGUCCAGAACAUUAUUUGAAAUGAUGAGCACCCUCUGUAAUAUGGACUCUCAGUGAUCGUCAGCAUUAUGCGAUGUUCGAACAUUUUAAGCCACUUUCAAUGAUUAAUCUUUCGUUCUUCUCGUCUUAAUUCCCUCCCAUAGAAAUCGGGGACUAUUCAUCUUUACUUGGCUUUACUUGUAAAUAGCCACAGAUUCUUUUUCUUUUAUUAUUUUUCUUCAAGGUCAAUACCGACGGUACAGUUCUAAGCCUUUAAUAAAAGUCUUCUGUUUCUUACGCUAAACUUUACCAGAGGAAGAAUACUUUAAAUAAGGAAAAUAUAAUUACUGAAAGAAUAUGUGGAUAUUGAUAAAUGAAAAAUAAAUACUACUGAUGCAGAAAAAGGUAAACGAGGA